AUGUCAUUUCUACAGUACAGAUUGCCAUUAUUGAACUGCCAAAGGAGUCUCCGAUGGGGACCGUUCUCCAUACGGCGUCAUUUACAACUUUCUUCUCAUCUAUUAAAAAACCAACAAUCUUCUAUACCUCCAUUACAACGACAAUUACUUUCUUUACAACCUAUUAAACCUAAUGAUUCACAAGUUUCUGGUACUGUUUUUGAUUCUAAAGGGACUGUUGUGGCAGUCUCUGAAAAAUUUCCAAAAUGGAGAUUUCUUAGAGAUCAUAACCUCUAUCCUCGAGACUUGAGAAAGAUAGAUACAUCUUCUGUAGAUAUAAUUCCGAAUAUUUUGGUGAAAGAGACAUGUAUCCUAGUGAAUCUUUUACACAUUAAAGCAUUGAUUGAAAAGGAUAAAAUAUAUGUAUUUGAUACAGCUGAUCCAUCAUCAGCUAUUAAAUUAGGUGUCUUAAUGUAUGAUUUAGAGUCUAAACUUUCACAAAAUACUGGAAAUACCGCAUAUAAACAAUCCUAUGAACAUAAUGCAUUAGAAAGUAUCUUUAUAAACGUUAUGAGUACGUUGGAGACAGAAUUUAAACAACAAGAAGAAUCAUGUACUAACAUUUUAAAUGAAUUAGAAAAUCAAAUUAAUAGAGAAAAAUUAAGAGAUCUUCUAAUUAAAUCGAAAUUUCUUACUUUGUUUUAUCAAAAGGCCUUUUUGAUUAGAGACGUUCUAGAUGAAUUGCUAGAGAGUGAUGAAGAUAUGGCAGCAAUGUAUUUAUCAGGAUCUAAAUAUAAACAAUCAAUUACACAAGGUACCGAUAUUCACCAUCACGACCCUAAAAAGGAAACUCAGAGCCCCACCGAGGAAGUUGAUAUUACAGAUAUAGAGAUGCUUCUCGAGACAUAUUAUACCCAAUGUGAUGAAUUCGUUCAACACUCUGAAUCCUUAAUUCAGGACAUUAAGUCAACUGAGGAGAUCGUUAAUAUCAUUCUUGAUGCAAACAGAAAUUCUUUAAUGCUCCUGGAAUUGAAAGUUACAAUCUAUACAUUGGGUGUCACUGUAGCAACACUGUUACCAGCAUUCUAUGGUAUGAAUUUAAAGAACUUUAUAGAAGAGUCAUACGUAGGAUUUGCAGGCGUUGUUGUAUUCUCGAUGUUAUUUGCUUUACUGGUAACAAAGGCAAAUUUUAGAGCUUUAAAAACAGUCACAAAAGUUACAAUGUUAAAUUCAACCAAAACUGCUGAUUUAGUUACUGGCGCUAAGACACAGGCUGAACCAGUAGCUAAGACUGCAACAAACGCAACAUCGAUAUGGAAAAGAAAGAAGCCUACAGUAACUCCAUUCAAAAUGGAUACCACUACCAAGAUCAAUGGAGAUUCUACAUGGACAAGGGUCAAAGAUUGGUGUCGCUACGUAUGGUUCGGGAAAUCAAGAACUGAAAAUAACAUAUGGACUCAAGAAGAGAAGGACAUAGUUUGGAAAUGGUUGACAAGUGACAAGGAGAAAUAG